AACAAAAUGGCGGCGCUGAAGGACCCGCGGCAGUUGGUCAGGAGGUUCCCAGGCGGUUUGAGAGACGCGCGGCCGCUGCUGUGCCGCCGCUAUGCCGUCAAGACGAAAUGGGCAUCAUCUCGCCGUAGAAUUCAAAGUACUCAGCUCGCUCUUCAGAAUUUUGAUAUGAAUUAUGGUGUGCAGUUUGGCAAUCUCUGGCCAUCCAUGCGUGUCAGUCUCCUGUCGGAACAGAAGUAUGGGGCUCUUGUCAACAGCUUUGUAGAUCUAACAAAAGUGGUCGAGGAACUGGAACUCCAGCGGGCCAAAGAUUUCCCCCAAGCAGGCCAUCAGUCAGAGAGAAGCCACGAGGUCUCUCAGAAUCUACCUGUGCCUGAAGAAUCCUCUUUGUUCAGUGAUACAACAGAAGAGUCUGCAUCCAAACUAGAAGUGACCAGGCCUUUGGCCAUCAGCCCUAACCUCAAAUGUUUUACAUUUCCAAGGGGAGAUAUCACACGGUUCAAGCCCGCAAGGCCAGAUGGUUCAAACAUGUUAGGAUAUUAUCUGAUGGAUGCUGCGUCACUCCUGCCAGUCCUUGCUUUGAAUGUUCAGCCAGGUCACACUGUCCUUGAUCUUUGUGCGGCCCCUGGUGGGAAAACCCUGGCCCUGCUGCAGACAGAGUGUUGUCGACAUCUUGCUAUCAACGACGUGUCCACGUCUCGAACCAACAGGUUGCGUAAAGUUCUUCAGAGCUACGUCCCCACAAACCUUUGCUCAGCAGACAGAUUGCGCAUCACGUCGUUUGAUGGCAGGCAGUGGGGAAUGAUGGAAAGGAACACCUUUGACAGGGUGCUAGUCGAUGUUCCCUGUACAACCGACAGACACUCCGUGCUCGAGGAGGACAACAGUAUCUUCACUAAACUGCGCACCAAAGAGAGACAGAUGCUUCCCAUGUUGCAGACUCAGCUCUUGGUUGCUGGUAUUCUAGCCACAAAACCCGGCGGAACUAUUGUGUAUUCAACAUGCACCUUGUCACAGCUGCAAAAUGAAUAUGUGGUGGAGGGGGCAGUGGAAGUGGCAGCAGCGGAAUAUGGUGUGGAACUAAAACUGGAGGAUUUGACAGCCAUUCGGAUCCUUUACCGAAACACAUUUAACUUCUACAACCAGUGUAGGGUUGGGGAGCUGGUUCUCCCACACCUGACGGCAAAUUAUGGACCGAUGUACUUCUGUAAACUACGUAGAUUGUUAUAAAAUAUUUAUGUUUUCACUGUUUAUUUUAAAUUGUUAAACAAUAAUAAAUAACAAAAGGUGUCUAUCUGGCUCUCCUCCGAGUCAACAACAAAACAAUUAGAUUUAUUUAGUGCCUUUUGUUAGAAAAUAAAAUCAGCCAUCAUCUCCGUUUGCAACCGGA